AUGUCGUGCACCAUCCACUACCUCGAAUCGUCGGUGAAAUUUGGCAAUUAUUCCAUCGAACGAGAAGCGGGAGGUUUGCAACAACAUGUCUCCCAAAACGAGAACGGCGGUAUGGGUGCUCGUCAUCUGCGUUUACCAACACCAUUGGGCAUCAAGAAGAUCCUCCGCAACAUCCUAGCCUUGCAGCAAAGCGUCAGGACACUGACCAAUGAGCAAGAAUAG